AUGGCGUUUCGCCGCGCCUUGGCCAAGCCGGCGACUGUUGCAUCCGGAUUAUCGACCUCGACCGCUCCCCGACUCUCUCGCUUCGAGCACAUAUCCUCUGCUUCUUCGCAAUGCCGGAAAACCAGUAGCUCGACGUCGGCGCUCGCCUACAAAGCCCUUCACCGCCGCUCUCCCUUGAAGCUCCCAGUGGCCGACCAUGCGCCUCAAUGGGAUGCUCCUGCCGCCGUCUCGUCGAUUCUGUACGAGACCCCGCUUCCCUCGACCAACCCUCCGAAGCGCCAUGUCCUCAAUUGUCUCGUGCAAAACGAACCCGGUGUGCUGUCGCGCGUGUCUGGAAUUCUAGCCGCUCGCGGCUUCAAUAUUGACAGUCUGGUUGUGUGCAACACCGAGGUCGCAGACCUUUCUCGAAUGACUAUUGUGCUGCGUGGACUGGACGGCGUUGUCGAGCAAGCCCGUCGCCAGCUAGACGACCUUGUCCCCGUCUGGGCCGUGCUAGACUACACCGAGGCACCGCUUGUUCAGCGUGAGCUGCUGCUUGCCAAAGUCAGCAUUCUGGGUCCCGAGGUUUUUGAGGAAUUGCUCAAACAUCACCGCGAAAUGACGUCCGAAGACGCCCCAGGGACCAUCAACGAGGUUGAAAAAAUCACCUCUCUCGUCGAGGAUGCGCACUUCCACCCACGUAACUUGCCAAUCUCGCAGGCUCUCCGCCACAAGCACGAGCACUUGGAUGCCAUCACCCGUCUCACUCACCAGUUUGGCGGUAAAGUGCUAGAUAUUAGCUCAAACAACUGUAUUGUGGAACUGUCUGCCAAACCAACCCGUAUCGACUCCUUCCUCAAACUCAUUGGACCUUUUGGUAUCUUGGAAUCAACUCGGACUGGAUUGAUGGCCUUGACUCGUUCUCCUCUUACAGAUAUCACAGAGGAUGUCGAAAAGGAGGCCGCUGAUGUUGUCGAUGCUAGCACUCUUCCUCCAGGUUAA